CGGAGGGAAGGCGGCCCCGGAGCAUGCUGGGAGUGUUGAGUCAUGGGGGCUGUCAGCUCCCGACUGGGGGAGACGGUGUGAAGAAGACAAGGGGACCAGCGCUGACCUCCUCCCCGAUCACAUCAGACAUGGUCCGGGGAAGCCUGACAUGCAGACACAGGCUGGGAGCGGAUCCUGGGAGAGGUUUGUUUUGCUUGGAGGGUCUUCAUGAUGGACGGACAACAGUGAAAUUCCAAUCAACUCUCUAGGUGUUGGGGAGCAGAUAGAUAUUGUAUUAGUGUGAUUGUUAUUCCAGUUAUACUAUCUUGUACCAAACUACAGCACAGCUAUGUAUGGAAGUGCUCGUACAAUCACUAAUCUGGAAGGCAGUCCUUCCAGAUCGCCUCGUUUGCCAAGAUCACCUCGUUUAGGCCAUAGACGAACAAGUAGUGGAGGAGGUGCAGGUAAAACACUGUCAAUGGAGAAUAUACAAUCCCUUAAUGCAGCCUAUGCAACGUCUGGACCCAUGUACUUGAGUGACCAUGAGGGUGUAGCAUGUACUACAUUUCCAAAAGGAACUAUGACACUUGGAAGGUCUACAAAUCGAGCAGUCUAUGGAGGAAGGGUCACAGCCAUGGGCAGCAGUCCAAACAUUGCUUCAGCUGGCCUUUCCCACACUGAUGUCCUGUCCUACACUGACCACAUAGGCUUGACCAGUUCCGCUCACCAUCAUCACCACCAUCACCAGAUUCCUUCCAUGUUGAGACAGGUAAGAGACAGUACAAUGCUCGAUCUUCAGGUUCAGCUGAAGGACCUACAGAGGGAAAAUGAGCUUCUACGGAAGGAGCUGGACAUUAAAGACAGCAAGCUGGGAUCUUCCAUGAACAGUAUUAAAACAUUCUGGAGCCCAGAACUAAAAAAAGAAAGAGUCCUUCGUAAGGAGGAGGCAGCUAGGAUGUCUGUUCUGAGGGAGCAGAUGAGAGUUUCGCAUGAAGAAAAUCAGCAUUUACAGUUGACCAUCCAGGCCCUCCAAGAUGAACUGCGGACUCAGAGGGACCUUAACCACCUUCUGCAGCAAGAAAGCGGGAACCGUGGCGCAGAACAUUUCACCAUUGAACUCACUGAGGAAAACUUCCGAAGGCUUCAGGCAGAACAUGACCGGCAAGCCAAGGAACUUUUUUUACUCAGAAAAACACUAGAGGAGAUGGAGCUGAGAAUAGAAACACAAAAACAGACACUAAGUGCCCGUGAUGAGUCCAUCAAAAAGCUUCUGGAGAUGCUGCAAAGUAAGGGGUUGCCCUCUAAAAGCAUGGAGGAGGAAAAUGAGAAGACCCGGAGAAUAGUGGAAGCAGAAUCACAACUUAAUCAUUUAGAGGUGAUUCUAGACCAAAGGGACAAAGAAAAUAUUCAUCUGAGAGAGGAGCUGCACAGACGGAAUCAACAUCAGCCCGAAUCGGCAAAGACCAAAGCUCUGCAGACCGUCAUUGAGAUGAAGGACACCAAAAUUGCAUCCCUUGAAAGAAACAUUCGAGACCUUGAAGAUGAUAUCCAAAUCAUAAAAACAAAUGGUGUCCUUAACACAGAAGACCGGGAGGAGGAAAUCAAACAGAUGGAAGUUUACAAAAGUCAUUCAAAGUUUAUGAAAAGCAAGAUUGACCAGUUGAAGCUGGAACUGUCAAAGAAGGAAUCUGAACUUCUUGCCUUACAAACCAAGCUGGAAACUCUUGGCAAUCAGAAUUCAGACUGCAAGCAACACAUUGAAGUACUUAAGGAAUCUCUUACUGCCAAAGAACAGAGGGCUGCGAUCCUUCAGACAGAGGUGGAUGCUUUACGGCUGAGACUGGAAGAGAAGGAAUCGUUUCUGAACAAGAAAACCAAGCAACUUCAGGACCUUACAGAGGAGAAGGGCACCUUGGCUGGGGAGAUCAGAGAUAUGAAAGACAUGCUCGAAGUCAAAGAGAGGAAAAUUAACGUCUUACAAAAAAAGAUUGAAAAUCUUCAGGAACAGCUUAGAGAUAAAGAUAAACAGCUUGGGAACCUCAAAGAUCGAGUCAAGUCACUACAGACCGAUUCCAGUAAUACCGACACGGCCCUUGCAACCUUGGAGGAGGCGCUCUCUGAAAAGGAGAGAAUCAUUGAACGUUUAAAAGAACAGAGGGAGAGUAAUGACCGAGAGAGACUAGAAGAAAUAGAAAACUAUAAGAAAGAAAACAAGGACUUGAAAGAAAAAGUAAACAGUUUGCAAGCUGAGCUGACAGAGAAAGAGGCCAGUUUAAUAGACUUGAAAGAACAUGCAUCUACUCUGGCUUCCUCUGGACUCAAGCGAGACUCCAAACUGAAGUCCCUGGAAAUGGCCAUUGAACAGAAGAAAGAAGAGUGCAAUAAGUUGGAAGCGCAGUUGAAGAAGCAAGCUGAGCAGUUGUUCAAUCAGAUGUACAGCCCUACACCUGUGGGGCGUAAUGAGAAGCAGGGGGUAUCAUUGCUAUGUGGUUAUGCCCAUGAAGCAGAAGAGGAGGCCAGGAUGAACCCAGAGCUCAGUGACAGGGUCAAGCAGCUGGACAAAGAGGUGUCUUACUACAGGGAGGAGUGCGGCAAAGCACAGGCGGAGGUGGACAGGCUACUGCAGAUACUAAAAGAGGUUGAAAACGAAAAGAAUGAUAAGGACAAGCAAAUCGCUGAGCUUGAAAGUUAUGGACUUACGAAGGACCAAAAUAAGAAAGUGGCCAAUUUGAAGCACAAUCAGCAAAUAGAGAAGAAAAAAAACACUCAAAUGGGAGAUGAUGGUCGUCGGAGGGAUGAUAACAUACUGGAUAACUCCCAACAUCUCCAGAUGGAUGAUCUCAUGAAUGCUCUUGAAAAGACAAGACAGGAGCUGGAAUCCACCAAAGCCCGUCUCUCUGCAACUCAACAAUCACUUGCUGACAAGGAAGCACACCUGAACAACUUGAUGAUAGACCGCCGAAAACAGCUCGAGGAGAUCCUGGAGAUGAAGCAGCAGGCUCUGCUGGCCGCAAUCAGUGAGAAGGAUGCUAACAUUGCCUUGCUGGAACUAUCUGCCUCAAAGAAGAAGAAAACCCAAGAGGAAGUGAUGGCACUAAAGAGAGAAAAGGACAGACUAGUUCACCAAUUAAAACAGCAGACACAGAACCGGAUGAAACUUAUAGCAGACAACUAUGAAGAUGACCACCACCACCACCAUCAUCACCACCACCACCACCAUCAUCGUUCUCCUGGGAGAACGCUUUCUAGCCAUAAACCCUCUCCAGAUCAGGAUGACGAGGAGGGGAUAUGGGCAUAACAGCUCCAGCAAACCAAAGUUCCAGUUUUAUUUUAAGGGAUGAUCCCGUCUUUGCCGGAGUCACAUCGUCACAACAAGAUCUCAUGCUGUACAUUGAUCAUCUAUCCAACCUUUGCCUAGAGAGAGAACCCCAAGAACUUUGAUCUUUACUGAGCCCAUUAGGGAAGGAGGAACUUGAGGAGGAGAUGGAAGACAUCUGAAGAGACAAGGAACAAUGCUUAACACCAGAGCAAUUAAGGAACAGGAAAAUUCAGCAGAGAGGUGAAGUAGCCCCAGAAGUGAUCUAUUGCGGAUUGAAACCUCACUGAUGCAGCUCUGCAGAAAAUACCAUCUGUGGCCAAUGUGUGACUGUUGUAUUGUGUUCACUACAUGUAUUGUGUGAUCGUGGUCAGAACCCACAGGAACGAAAAAAGCAAUUCACUUUAGUGAUUCACACUAUACAUAUUGUCAGUUGAAACAGUCCCACCUGAAAGCCAACCUGCCACCUUUAAAGCACUUGGAUGGCAAUAUGUUCUGGAAAAACACUCUUUAAUGAUGUCAAAUUCAAUAUAUAUACAUAUCUAUAUAUAUAUAUAUAUAUGUCUUUACGUCUUUCUUCCAAAGAUAAUAGUCCACUCCUCUGUCCUCCCUGAAUUGUUAUUGUUAUAACCAAGGGAUAUGGACUUCUACGGUCAAAAGCAUGUUUUGUGGCUCCGGUUGCCUGUUUUGUGAGCUUCCUGCAAGCCUUAUGUGGGUCUUCAGGAAAACCGCUCCCUACACUCUGUAAUCCUAUUCAGAUUCCGAUUCUGAUUCUGAUUCAUGUAGUUCUGCCAGGCAGGUGUCAACUCUAUUUUGUUGUUUAUUUUUGCAACUUUCCAUGUUACCUGUCUCCAGCCCACUCAUUUCACAAUAAACCAUCAUCAUGAGUCACCUCUGUCCAGUGAGAAGGCAGGAGACGCAGGAAGCUGCAAUGCAGAUUUCAAGAAAUAGGGGUGUCACCUGGCGGGCAAAAAAGUGCUUAAAUUAUACUUGCUGGAAUUACAAAUCAGGUAAACCGGUUAACGUGCACAUUUUUCUCUUUUCCUCGUGUUUGCUUUAACCAGCCAUACAACAGCAGAAGAUCUAAGAAGUCCCUAUUCACCAUACAGUGGUGGCCAAAAAUUAAAUGUCUUUCCCCCAGCAUAUGCAUAAUAAUAAUAGUUUUGUCCAGGGUGGAUACAAAGGUUUACCCACCUUAAUUCACAAUCAUGAAGUCACCUGGUGAUGACAAAUGAUCCACUGAAGCGUAGCUUCUUGCUAGUUUCUGAUUGGUUGCGUCAAUGGCCCUUUCUCUAUCAUCUUUAUAAACAGUACAGGGCUGUCACCACCAACAUUCCUGCAUUGUAUAUGAUGGCAUAAAGGGGCCUGUCCACAUCCUGAAGCUAGAGAGAAGAUGAACAGAACCACGUCUGUCCUAGGACCACAAGUUAGGGAAAGUACUCCCCUGUAUUCGAUUUUCCUCCUAUGCAAGCAUGUGCAAUGUAUGCAAUGUAUGGGGGUUUUGGGGGCACAGGUAGUUUUUUUGACUAGCUCGGAGUUGUGCUUUAAAGGUUAUUACUGAGAAGUUUUGAUAAACCUUAAGUCAAGCAUUUCAAAGAAUUAUCAUGGACAGUAUGCAAAAUUUGUAUACAAUCCAACAGAUUUAAAGGAUGGAUCAAAUAGUCUACAGUCUAAAAUAAACCUGUUGCAAACCAAGGCAAUUCAUACUGCAUAUGUGCUGGAAAGAUGCUUUAACAAAUAUAGCCUUUGGUGAAAACUCCAUAUGUAGUUAAUGAGUAUAUCCAAAAUUAUAAAUAUUUUGUCUACAUGCCAUAUUACAGAUUCUCCAUAAAAUGUAAUCAUGGACCCACCUCCUGAAGCUCCCUAUGGGUCAACGAGGCAGCCUAUUGGGUAUGAACUGGGGGAAAGAAGGCAGCAGAAAAGCUCAACUCUUAUGCCGCGUACACACGAAUGGAAAUUCCGACUAGAAAUCCGUGGAUUUUUUUCUGACAGAAUG